AAGUGAGUGGAUGUCAGAGGCGCAUGUACGCUGCUCCAUCUCUCCGGCCAUUCAUUCGCGCGCUGGAAAAACAGACUCACAAACAAACCGGUAAAUAAAUAAACCGGUAAAUAAUCAGGUAAAGACUGAGAGCCGCCGCGCUGAGCUGCAGGAUGCUAACCGAGAGCCGCUGGUGCCCCGCGAGCGCGCCCGCGUGCAUGGAGAGACACCUGGAGACCCUGCAGUACAGAACAGAUGGGACUCUGCUGUUGGGGGCGUCGGGUCUGACGGGUCGGUGUUGGCUCGGUUCUCUCUGGGUGUUCAGUGAUGCUAAACUCGCUCCUAACGAGGGUUACUGUAAGGCGGGGGUUCAGACAGAGGCGGGAGUUACCCACGCUGAGUGGCUCACCAACAGAGCCAUCAUCCUCGCCUCAGACUCAGGUGCUGUUGAAUUAUGGGAGCUGGCGGAGGACGAGCGUCUGCUGGUAAACAGGUUUACUCGCCAUGAGCACGAUCACGUUGUGACGUCAGUGAGCCCUACGGCCGACGCGGGUCACGCGGUCAGCAGCGGCAUGGACUGCAGGGUUAAAGUUUGGGAUCUGAGUCAGGAGACGGUGAUCAGCAGCUACAGCGCUCACUCCAUGCCGGUGAACAGUGUGUGCUGCAGCCCGAAAGACGAAUCGCUCUUCCUCUCCUGUGCUCAGGAUGGACGUUUGUUGCUGUGGGAUCGCAGAAAACCCAAACCUGCAACUCGAUUAGAUGUGGUCUCCCCCAGCUGCUGUCCAACUGCCGUCGCAUGGGACCCUCACAAAACCACCACAAUCGCAUACGGUGAUGAGCUGGGCAGGGUGACCCUGAUGGAUUUCCAGAAUGCAGGGAGUGCGCAGACGAUGAAUACACACAGACGCAGAGUGACUGGCCUUAGGUUCUCUUCACACAGUUCUCCUCUGCUGGCCUCGGUGAGUGAUGACUGCUCUGUUGCCGUGGUGAACGACCAGCUCAGAGAAAUUUAUCGUGACGUCAGGCAUCAGGACUUUGUGCGGGGUGUGUGUUGGGUUCCCGGCGGCUCGAAUGUUCUGACAACAGCAGGGUGGGACCACCAGGUCCUGCAGCACAACCUGGACCAGAAAACUACUGCUUAAACACACACAACUAUAUACACACACAAAUACACACACACACCAAAACUGUAAAGUCUGUAAAGUGUGUAAGUUCACUGUAUCUGCCUUAUCACGUUCUGUGGUUCUUUCCGGGUUGUCUCCGUUAGUGUUCAUAUUACCAUAGCAACCACCUAGCAGCACCAUCACAACCACCUGGGGUAUCAUUGCAACUUCUUUGCACGAGCAUAGCUGUGAUGCACUAUAGCAACCUCCUAAAAUACCAUAGCAACCACCUAGGGACUCCAUCACAGCCAUUUAGCAACACCACAGCUGUUAUUUUCUAUAGCAACCUUCUAAAAUACCAUAACAUCCACCUAGUGACUCCAUCACAACCACCAGGAUAUCAUUGUGAAUGUAACUUUGUACCAGCAUAGCUGUGAUACACUGUAGCAUCUUUCUAAAAUACCACAACAACUACAUAGUGACUCCUUCAGAGCCAUUUAGCAAAGCCAUAGCUGUGAUAGACAAUAGCCACUUAAAUAGCUCCUAAAAUACCAUAGCAACCGCAUAGAGACUCCAUCACAGCAAUUUAGAAACACCAUAACAACCCCCUUUUAAAUCAAUCACAGCCAUUUAGCAAAACUUACCUGUGAUACACAAUAGCCACCUCCUAAAAUACCAUAGCAACCACGUAGUAACUCCAUCAGAGACAUUUAGCAACACCAUAGCAACCACUUAGUAACAAUAUACCCAGGAUACCCCAAAAACUACUGCGUAAACACACACACACACACCCCUAGCCACAACCACACAGCUCCAUUUAACAUGCAAAUAAGGCACUUAUCCAAGUCUGUGUUUGUGUGUGCGUGACAGUAUUUUACACACACACACACACACACACACACACACACACACACACACACAGAUAUGAGAGCUGGAGCUGUGUUAUUGUUUUGUCACCUGAAUAAGGCUGUGUUCUGCGGUUCUGUAAUUUUCUGCUUGUAAUUUUCCGGUUCUGUUUGUUCAGUAAAGGAAUCUGUUAAUCA